AUGGUUGCUCGUCGUCUUAAACGUCUUCAUGUAUUUUAUCGCAAGAAAUUAAUUGAUGAUUUAACACUUAUUGAUCAUAUAUCGAUUACCCUCGAUUUUUGGAGUAAUCGACAAAUGAAAAGUUUUUUGGUUAUAACUGGUCAUUAUUUUAAUAUCAAUAGUUUUAAUUUACAAUCGACGGUUUUAAACUUCUCUGUGGUCAAUAAAGAACAUAAAUCUUACGAAAUUUCUCGAUUACUACAAGCAAAAUUAAAAGAGCUUAAUAUUCUAAACAAGGUUAUUCGUGUUACAACCGAUGGGGCCAAAAAUAUGGUACGUGCAAUUCAUGACAUUGGUUUGGGUUCCUCGCGUGUUUGGUGUAUAGCACAUAGAUUGCAUCUGACAAUUAUUAAUGCGUUUGGAUUUUGGAUCGUGAAGAAAGAGGAUAUUGAUGAGAAUGAAAAACUUGAAACGCAACAACUUAUCAAUAAUAUACCAGACAUUGAAGAAGAAGAAAUGAUAGAUAUUGAAGAGUUUCAAAAUCAUGACGAACGUGAUGAAGUGAAUACAAACUUUGCUAGUGAUGCUGAAUUACACAAUGAUGGAUCAUCUGAAGAAGGUCAUCUUUCUGAGGAAGAAUCAUUAUCGGAUAUUACCGACGAAAAAAUUGUGGAUAACUGGACAGCAGAUGUUAUUGAAUUAGAAAAUAAUCGCAUAUAUGAUCAAAGUAUGAUUAUAUCAGUUGUUAGAAAGUGUCGAGAUUUAGUCCUGAUGAUUAAAAAUUCAGUAAUUAUUACAUUGUUUUUCGAUACAGAAAGAGAAAAAUCAAAUAUAAAACGAAACUUAUGUUAUGAUGUUAAAUCACGUUGGAACAGUACAUAUUGUAUGAUUGAUGCCUUUUUAGCUCUUCGUGAAGUUAUUGAAAAAUUAUUUAAUCAAAAGCACAGUUUGCGUAUACAUCCAAAACAGAAAAAGAAAUUAACUACUCUUGAAUAUAAAAGUGACGAUUGGAUAAUGCUCUCAGCAUUGCAUACGGUUCUCAAACCAUUUUUUCAUGCAACUAAGGUGCUCUCUGGUCGUGAUUAUCCAUCAAUUGGUCUUGCUUUUUAUUUACUUUCAUGUUUAAAAAAUUUUCUACAACAACAAGAGAAAAAGGAAAAUAUAAUGAUAAAACACCUGAAGCAAUUAUUAUUACCGCAAUUUGUGUUUUAUUUUGAAAGUGACGAUGAACAAGUCAAAUUAUUAAAAGUAGGUGGUCACGAUGGUUGUCUUCUGGCUUAUUUUUCUUAG